CCACUCCACGCAAAAAUCAAAUCUUUGACCCCUCUCCUUCCUCUAGCACCAGUCCUUCCCUCGCCGCCGGCGCCGACAUGCUCCGCCUCCGGAGCUGCUUCCUCGCCCAACUCUUCUCGUCGCGCUCCGCCUCCCCCGUCUCCCCCAUCCACCGACUCCUCUCCGCCGUUUCCCCAGAUCCUAGUAGCUUCGCCGUGGAGGAGUACCUCGUCUCCACCUGCGGCCUCACCAGACCGCAGGCCCUCAAGGCCUACCCCAAGCUCUCCCACCUCAAGUCCCCCGCUAAUCCCGACGCCGUCCUCGCCUUCCUCGCCGGCCUCGGCCUCUCCGGCGCCGACGUCGCCGCCCUCGUCGCCAAGGACCCGCAGUUCCUCUGUGCCAGCGUGGAGAGAGUCCUGGCCCCCAACGUCGACGAGCUGACCGGCCUCGGCCUCUCGCGUUCUGACAUCGCGCGGCUCAUCCCGCUCACAUCCGGCGGCCGGCAUUUCCGCUGCAGAUCCAUCGUCUCCAAGCUGCACUUCUACCUGCCCCUCUUCGGCUCCUCCGAGAACCUCCUCCGGGCUCUGAACCGCAAUUUCUACCUCAUCGGCGCCGACAUGGAGAGGAAGGUCAAGCCCAACGUUGCGCUCCUACACGAGUGCGGGCUAGGUGCUUGUGAUAUUGUCAAGCUGUGCCGCUCUACGCCGAGGAUGCUCAGCACCAGCCUGGAGCGCACCAGGGCGAUGGUGGAGUGCGCCCAAGGCCUCGGCGUGCCCCGUGGCUCUGCAAUGUUCAAGCACGCGCUGGAUGCCGUCUCGUUCAUAAGCGAGGACAAGAUCGCCGCCAAGGUGGACUACUUGAAGAAGACGUUCAGGUGGUCGGACGCCGAGGUGGGCAUGGCCUUGUCUAGGUCUCCAAUGAUGCUGAGGCGUUCCAAGGACGCACUGCGCAGCAAAUCAGAGUUCCUUAUCUCCGAGGUUGGGUUGGAACCGGAGUACAUUGCUCAUCGGCCGGCAAUGCUCAACUAUAGCCUGGAUGGCCGGCUCAGGCCCCGGUACUAUGUUGUAAAGUUUCUCAAGGCAAAUGGAUUACUAGAUCGCGACCGGGACUACUAUGCAACUUUCACUCUUGUCGAGAAGGUAUUUGUUCGGAGGUACGUAUGCCCUUACAAGGAGGCUGCACCACAACUCGCUGAAGACUAUGAUGCUGCACGCAGUGGGGAACUGCCAGCUAAUUUCAAAUUCACAUGAGCCAAGAACCGGCAAUGGAAAUUGGUUACUUUGCAGAGUUCUCAUUAUGUCUAGUAAGCUGGUAAUUACAUUACCUUUUUUCUGCCCAAAUGGAUGUUGAUCUUCUGUUGUAGUAUCUCUGCCACCGGCACAUACUGGUUUGGUCAUUGUUAAUGACUAAUGAAACUGAUAAUUUAAUUCCUGAA